CCCGACUUCAAGUUGCCCCAUCUCAACAUUUCACGAGAGAAGCAAAACGUACCUUGCCUUAACUUAAUAUUUCUAAUUCCGCCACCUAUUCAAGAACACGAAAACUCCAGGUCCCUGGCUCGAGCUGAAUGUACUGAUUUAAGAUUUGCUUAACAAUUAUUUCAAUAUCCUCUUGUACCCUGUUAUCGCCAUGACUCAGAGUCCGCGUUCCUCCAACGGAGGGAGAAAACUCGCUGCCAGUGAGCCAUACUACGACCUCGGACGACACGUGCGACGGAUAACCACAGACAGCCGGGAUGCCCAGAUCUGGUUUGAUCGAGGGUUGAAUUGGGUUUACGCAUUUAACCACGCCGAGGCGGCCUCAUGUUUCGGGCAAACAGUACUUCAUGAUCCCAACUGCGCCAUGGGUUACUGGGGUGUUGCCUUUGCGAGUGGCCCCAACUACAACAAAAGUUGGUCGGCCUUUGGUAGAGGGGACCUGUCGGAAUCCCUAGUAAGGUGUUACAACUCCUCCCGCAAGGCAGAGGAAUUGUCCUGGUCCUCGACCCCUGUCGAGCGGGCUCUUAUCGUCGCUCUGACAUAUCGUUUCCCUUCGGCGACCACAACCGUGGAUCUAGGGUCGAGAUCUGUUCUCGCCUAUGCCGAUGCUAUGAGGCAGGUCGGCAAGGAGUUUGGCGAGCAAGACUUGGACGUUACUGCGCUCGUAGCGGAUGCCCUGAUGAACACGGCACCCUGGAAGCUCUACCAGGCGCGAACAGGCGAACCCAACCUCGACACCCCCGUCCUUGAAAUCCGGGAGAUCCUCGAACGCGGCAUGGCGCUGCCCGAUGCGAGGCAUCACCCCGGUGUCCUCCACAUGUACAUCCACCUCGUCGAGAUGUCCAAGAUGCCCGAAGACGCGGUCAACGCGGCCGACUACCUACGAGGGCUUGUCCCCGACGCCGGCCACAUGCACCACAUGCCGAGCCACAUCGAUGUCCUUGUCGGAGAUUACCGGCGAGGUCUUCACGCUAACCUAAACGCCACCAUCGCCGACGACAAGUAUUAUGCCCGCGAAGGUGGGAGGAAUUUCUAUUCGUUCUAUAGGAUGCACAACUACCACUCCCUCAUCUACGGCGCCAUGAUGGCUGGUCAAGCCCAAGCGGCCCUAGAAGCCACUGCUCGGAUGGAAGACACAAUCACCGAGACGAUGUUGUUGAUAAAGUCCCCUCCGAUGGCGAGCUGGCUGGAGUUCUUCAAGUCGGUCCGUGUCCACGUCCUCAUCCGGUUUGGCAUGUGGGAGGAGCUGAAGCAGUUGCCAGUCCCGGACGACAAGGAUCUUUACUGCGUCACCGUCGCCAUGACGUACUACGGCAAGGGCAUCGCGUACGCGGCUACGAACGACGUCGAGACUGCAGACCGACACCUAGACGUCUUCAGGAACGCGGUCAAGCGUGUGCCGCCUAGCCGCCUCGACUUCCCAAACAGGGUCGUCGACGAACUUGCAGUUGCGACAGCCAUGUUGGAGGGAGAGAUCGAGUACCGGCGUGGUAAUUACGAGGUUGCCUUCAAGAACCUGCGUCUAGCCAUCGAGCGAGAUGACUCGUUACUUUAUUCGGAGCCCUGGGGUUGGAUGAUACCCACGCGCCACCCAUAUGCCGCGCUGCUCCUAGAGCAGGGGCGGGUCGAGGAGGCCGCCAUGGUCUACGCAGAUGACCUUGGUCUGGGCGCCGGUCUUGUCCGAGCCCACCAGCACCCGAACAACAUCUGGGCCCUCCACGGCUAUCACGAAUGCCUUCAACGCCUGGGGCGUACCGCCGAGGCGAGCAUCAUCCGUAAGCAGCUGACCAUCGCUGCGGCAGGUGCCGAUAUCAAAGUCGAAUCCUCGUGUUUUUGUCGACUGAAGCCGGCCGAUGAUGGCAUGAAGGGUUGCCGUUUAUAGCGUCAGCUAAUAUUUAAUCAGGGGCAAGGGAUAGAAGGAGACUGGAUCAGGGGAGACGAGUUAGAUGAUACCCAAUGGAGCGUUGUUUGCAUUCUUUUUGUUUUGUACGUUCAUGCC